CGUGAAUGCUCACCUCCUCGAGGCGAGCCAGCUCCUAUCCUAUCCUAGUUAGUAACUGAGAGUUUUUUUAGUGUUCAUAUGCUUUUGGAAGUGCAGGAAAAGUACUUAAGGAGAAACAACAUAAAUCAAGCUAACUAACAAGUACAGAGAAAUUGAAUUAGGACAACUGCUAGACCCAGAGCAAGAUGAAUUUCAUCAGUACAGAUCCUUUCUUGCCUCCGCCACCUGCCGCGGCUGCUGCAGCCGGGGGGGGAAGUGGUGCAAAAACACGGAGGGAGCCAACCCUUCUAUCGGCAGGCGGAGAAGACUGUGCUACAGCUUCGAAAGAGGAGAUAGAAACCACCAACAUGAAGAAGCCGCAGCAACAAAUUCACGCUGUAGAACGGGGUGGUAACCCAUCAACCAAUAGAGUAGAUGAUGACGAUGCGAAGCACGAGAAGGCUCUGUCUCGGUUGCAGGCUGGUGAUACCGUUGGAGCACUAGCGCAGUUGGAAGAGGUACUACGAGAGAAACUGGCAGCAAAAGAUCAAGGCAAGGAUGAAGCUGCGCAACUAGGAGAGAAAUUGGCAGCAAAAGAUCAAGGCAAGGAAGCUGCGCAGAGUGCCUUUAUCCUCGGCAUGCUGUAUCUGCAGCAAGCGAAGAGAGAACAGAUACAAGCAGCCAUGGCGUCUAAUGCGAUAACUGCUGAGGAGAAGACACGGAAUCGGAAAGAAAACCCAGAACCAGAAGAAAAAAAUAUGGACUCCUGUUGUCAUCAGAAUAAAGACUGUAGCAGUGAGACUUUCAACAACGGAGGUAGCGAAACUACCAGCGAAAAAGCAGUUUCACGCUUGAAGCUUGCCUUGUCACUGCGAGAAGAAUACUGUGGAGCCCAGCACCCAGCCACACUCGUUUCGGUCGGGGCCUGUGCCUCAGCUCUAGAGGGAGCAGGAAGAACGGAGGAGGCUCUGGAAUUUCACCGACGAGCAGUAGCAGGAGCAUUGCAAGUUCUUGGCGAUUCGCACGAAAAUACUGCUUAUGCGUACAUGCAAUUCGGUAGUUGUCUCUUGACACCUUCCUCAUCCUCUCCACCAACAAGGAUGGGCACUAGUACCAUACGACAAGAAGAAGAAGAAAUGAGUGUCGGAGUGGUGACUGAGGAACGAAAAAAAGAGGCGGCGACCGCGUUUCUUAGUGGCAUUGAGGUGUGAAUACGGCUUCAUUUAGUUCUUCAUAGGAAUUUUUGAUUUUGAUCACUUUUUUUCCUCAGAGUUGUUUUGUAAAUAACUGUAACAUCAACAAAGAAAAUUAAAUUUUUUUGACAGUGAAUGACUAAAUUUGAGUAGUAGUUGUACUUACUUUCUACAUCUACGAUCAAUCUGGUUUUCAACUUCGACUCCCUCCGCUGCCGUGUCAGGUAUUUGAGCGUGCUGGAAGUAGCGCCGAAGUUGUGCUGCGGGCAGCGUUGAAAGUCUUUGAUUUGGGACAGAAUCUCGCAGGCCCACCAGUACCACCUGAUUUCCGCAAGAAGUUCGGUAACUCGGCUAACGAUAUUCGACUCCAACUCCGCGUAUUACAGGAUGCGCGAGAGCAAGAGCAGGUAACUCAACGACCCAUGUCCGCAAUACCGCAGCAGACUAUGCCCUAGAAGUUCCUGACGUGCUGAAGUUUCUUGCCGCAAUGAAAAGACAUUAGUUGUAGUGUCUUGUCCCACAGUUACUGACUCUUACUAACUGCAAGUUUUUUACAACAGGAAACUUGUAAAAGAUGAGGAUAGAUGAAGGGUACUAGUCAAUACAUGACGAUGACUUUCACUCUUCCGUGGCCACGAAGAUGUAAAGCAUAUGCUAACGAU